AUGCGUGGAUUUAUUCUGAUUUGCCUCUGGGCAGCUGUUUGCAACGCCCAAAACCAGGGCUACAACUAUCAGCCAGUGGCUCAAGUGGAAGAGAGAGGCGAAGCUCAGCUCUCGCAGCCCAUUGAGGCGCCAGUUGCUGCUCCGGUUCCGAGCGCCGUUGUACCGCAGGCGGCUCCACUUGUCGAAGAGUUCCAAAAGGAGUUCUUCACCUAUGGCGCACCCGAGGACCAGUUCGACGAGGGCGUCAAUAAUCAGCAAGUUGCCGACUCAUUGAAGAAAAAUCUCCGCGUUGUGUUUAUUCGCACGCCCGAGAACCGUGGCUUCGAGCAGGCCGCCCUACAACUGGCCAAGCAAUCUGCUCAGCAGGAGACAGCAAUCUAUGUGCUCAGCAAGCAAGCGGAUGUUGGUAAUCUGGCCAAACAGCUCAACGCACUCAAGUCGACUUCCAGCAACAAGCCAGAGGUGCAUUUUGUGAAAUAUCGCACACCACAGGAUGCCGCCAAUGCCCAACUGGCUAUUCAGAACCAGUACAAUCAACUACCAGGCGUCUCACGCAUCUCCAACGAGGGACGUGCUCCAGUUUUAAACUUCGCCUCGCAGGCACCUGUCGCGCCAGUGAGCGCUGCUCACGCACCAAGCUCAGAGUACUUGCCAGCCAAUGUUGUUGCUGGACAGGAUUAUCUUCCGCCCGCUCUACGCCGCUUCCGCGUGAAGUAA